AUGGCGUCCUCCAAAGCACUUGUGAGCCUGCCCUUCGACGUCUAUGACCACAUCUUCGACAUCGUGAGGCGCAACGAUGCCAACGACUGCACCUUUGACCUCGUACAAUGCAGAGAUGUCAAAACACACAAGAACUCUCUCUUCGCCGCGUCUAGAGUGUGUAAGGAAUGGGCGGACAUGACCCUCCGUGCUCGCUUCCACACGCUCUCGCUCGUCAUCAAGCUCCCCGGCGAGCAAUCGACCGCGAAUUGCUUCUUGCAAGACUUUGUCCAGGAGCCCAUCUUUACGCACCGUCAGUACGCCAAGAAGCUAACACUGCGCUGGGGAUGUGGGAAGAAUAGCAGGAUCGACUUCGCCAAUGUGCUCCCGCGCUACUUGCCCAUGUUCCCCGAGCUCCUCGCCCUCGAGCUUCGCGGCGUCCUAUACAAGCGGCCUGAGCAGCCCGUCAUCCAGCAGUUUCGCCUCCAGUCGCUCACCAUCGAUGGAGAGUGGUACCGGUGGCGCAGGCACGAGGAGUACGAUCCGCGUGCACUCUGUGACCUGCUCGUCCUGUUUCCCGAGCUUAAGAAGCUUGAACUCAUCAGGGUGGAGUGGGCUCCAGGUGACGGUGACUAC